AUGGUUUUGGCACCUCUAGCCAGGUCACUGGAAAUUCAUAUAAAGGAACCUGCAGGAAAAGAAGUAAAUCCUUACUUGCUACCAGGUGAACUGCUGCUUUGUGAGGCAAGCACAGUGUUCAAGUAUGUUCAAGAGGAUGGGUCAAAUCGAGGCACCUAUGGGAAACUUGUUUGCACAAACUUCAAGGUCGCUUUCCUGGGUUACGAGUCUGCCUCAGAUGAUAAUGAACCACAAUUUAAGAAUAAGGUCAUAGGAGAAAAUGAUAUAACUCUGCAUUGUAUAGACCAGAUUUAUGGAGUUUAUGAUGAGAAGAAGAAAUGUCUCUAUGGACAACUGAAAAAAUACCCAGAGAAACUAAUCAUCUACUCUAAAGAUUUUAGAGUAUUUCACUUCUGUCUGAGAUGCACAAAGGAAGAGGAAGUAAAAAGGAUCGUCAGUGGCAUAGUACAUCAUAGCCAGACUCCUAAACUACUUAAACGCUUGUUUCUGUUCUCUUAUGCAUCAGCUGCACCAAACAGUCCAGAUGCAAAAAACAGAACUGUAAUGUUUGAUACUUUUAAAGACUGGCAUGAGGAGCUGGAAAGGACCAAGGGGAAUGUGAAAUAUGAAGUAGUGAGUGUCAAUGAAGGCUACAGAGUCUCUGAAAAAUUUGGUGUUGGUCUUGCCAUAAUGGUGCUGCCCUUCUCAAAAUGUCUGCAUUUCCCAAAGAACAGGAUGACAGCACUUUACAAAUGCCCAAACUCAUGGAUGGAUAACAGCGCACACUUCUGGGAUACAGAUGUAAAGUGGUUUUCAUUACUGGAGAGCACAAACUGGCUAGAAAUCAUUAGACGAUGUCUGAAAAAAGCAAUAGAGGUGGUUGAACAGCUGGAAAGACAGACUACAAAUGUUCUGCUUAUAGAGGAGAAUGCCUCUGAUUUGUGCUGUGUAAUAUCUAGUCUAGUCCAAGUGAUGAUGGAUUCGUACUGCAGAACAAAGUUUGGCUUUCAGAGCCUUAUUCAGAAGGAGUGGGUAAUAGGAGGACAUAGCUUUUUGGAUCGUUCCAACCAUUUACGUAAAAGUGACAAAGAGGAGGCUCCUGUUUUCCUGCUCUUCUUAGAUUGUGUUUGGCAGUUGGUACAACAAUAUCCUCCAGCAUUUGAAUUCACAGAGACUUACUUAACUGUCUUGUCAGACAGCCUCUACAUACCUAUUUUUAGCACUUUCUUCUUCAACUCACAACAUCAAAAAGACACUAUUAUGUCUGGAGAAAGCCACAAUGCACAAAGCAGCCCUCUCAGGCUUCUCACAGUUUGGGAUUGGUCUGUGCAGUUUGAACCCAAAGCACAGGCUUUGCUGAACAACCCUCUUUAUUCAGAGAAACCAAAACCAGAUAAAAGUCAACGGAAAACGACACGAUUCAAGCAUCACCGGCAGCUUUCUUUGCCACUGACACAAACUAAAUCUUCUCCAAAGAGAGGAUUUUUCAGGGAGGAAACGGAUCAUUUAAUUAAAAAUAUUCUGGGCAAAAGAAUUAGCAAACUGAUAAACUCUUCAGAGGAGCUACAUAGUAACUUCAGAGAAUUUUAUGAUAGUUGGCACUGUAAACCUGUUGACUUUCAUGGGCUUCUGCUGCCUCACAUUGAAGGACCAGAAAUCAAAGUCUGGACCCAGCGAUAUUUACGGUGGAUUCCUGAAGCACAGCUUCUUGGUGGUGGUACAGUUGCCAUUACAACUAAGUUCUUGGAUGUGAUGGAAGAAGUGCAGAAGCUGCAGAAGCAAAUGGAUGAAGAACAUAGCCAGACUGCCGCUGAAGAUGCAGAUGCCGUCCCAACUUUGAGAAAUUCUGCCCGUUUGUCAUCGUUGUUCCCAUUUGCUUUGCUUCAGAGACAUUCUCUCAAACCAGUUUUACCUACAAGCACUUGGAAAGACUUGGAAGAUGAGGAAGACUUGGCAAAGAGAGACGAUGAAUUUGUUGAUUUAAGUGGUGCAGAUUGAUUGUUUCAAAUUGGUGAAAAAUCUAGGCAUAAAUUUGAGUCAUACCUGGCCAAUUUGGGGGCGUAAACAUUGGACAGUAUCCUGAUGUGAGGAGUAUGCAGCCAGCUGUAGCCAUCAUGCUAGAACUUUAGCCUUGUCCUUUAAUACAGAAACAGCUCCCCUGUUCUUAUGUAGUCUAUGGACAGACAUUGAUAUACUUAUUUCAGAAUAUUACAAGCAGAGUUUACUGCAAAUUCAGGAGAGAUGCUGCCAUAUUCUGAAAUGGUGGUACUGUAGUAUAAAUGUAGAAAUACACCAACAGCUAUACUGCAGUCAAAAGGUAUCGGGCUGCUGUUUGUCCUUGAUGCGAGUGCCUCUGUAUUAAGAUAAGAAAUGCUAUUUUUGAAAGUGGGGGAUUGAACUGUCUCUGAUUAAUCUUUCUCAACAAGGAGUAAAGUAAAUUGGGAGAAGAUGAUCACUUAAAUCCUUUGUAUAUAAAUGAGCAUAAACUUUUUUUUUUUUUAAGCUGAGGCAAUAUAAAGCCCAUGGUAGCCAGGGUUUGAUCCUGUAUACUGCUUACAGCUUGAGCUGAAAUUGUGCGUGGGACGAGGAUGGCAAAUGGAUAAUGCCUCUUUGGCCUACCAGGAUUUCAGUUGUGUGUGAAUUUUGGCUGUAUGUUAACCUCUGCUUGUCCUUUUAGCUAAAGGAUAAGAUGCAAAGGGCUCUUCUGCACAUCAGUCUAUUGUUCAUGCCCAUCCUGCCAUACACCCCAGCUGCCUUGGAAUACCAAGUCCCAGAUAUUUUGCUGCUAAUCGUAUGGAACGGUCUGAUUGAAAGACUCUAACUUGUCAGAGGAUCCUUUUCUGUCAAAUGGAAUAGGCUUUCAUGCUAGUAUCCCAGUUUGCUAGUUGCCUUGAACCUUUUUUUCUGUAGCUUGCACUGAGACUCUGGGACCCUUUGUUUAUAGAGGAAAAUAAUUUUGUACCCUUACAAUAAAGCUGAAUUUGUAGUCCUUUGCCACUUGCUUCAUGAACUCGUGGCAUAGUAACUAUGAAUUUGAUUUUUUUUUUUUCCUUUUUCUUUUUUUAAGUAAAGGCUGAGUAUUAGAAUCUGGUUAGUGGACAUUGUUGUAACAGUACCUCAGUGAUAAAAGCCAUAAAGAAAAGUCUGUCAAAGCUUUUGAUCUACUGUGUUUGUUUGUGUGUGUGUAUAGCGCAUGUUUUUAAUUCAGAUAGCUAUACUUUGUAAAAUCAAGUUUUUACUCUUUGAAAUAUCAAAUCCAUUUUGCACCCUUUAAAUUCAGAAAUAUCCCAAAAAUGAAGUAAAUCCAUAACACCUUUAUUUUGACAGGGUUGGUGAAUGUUCUCUUUCUAGUCUAUCACAUUAUAAGCCUGGCUGGAAAAGUGAGGAGUUGAAAAAAUUGGCACCGAAGAUGAUGGUGCUCAAGGAACUGAUCCAGCAAUGUUGAACUAAGUUGCUAAGAAGCAGUUUUGAACUUUGCACUGAUUUAUUCUGUAUGUACAACAAAUGUUCUUUUUGCAACUUGCAAACCAAGAGUAGUGUGCUGAGAAGGUAAAUUAAUGCAACUGGAUGUCAAACUGAAGCUACAAGUCCUGGUUGCCUUACUGUCUUUUCUAUUGAGACUUAUUUAAACUUGCAAUAUUUUAUUUUUUAAAAUACACUAGCACUACAUUUAUUUUCAUAGUGCAUAUGAGCCUUCUUUAAAGCUAGCACUUGCUAGAGUUCUGUCUGCACUCAUGUCCUUUGAACGAUAGAUUCAUUUCUAUUACUGUAAUUGAAAAACAAGCGACUUGUGUAUGCAAUAAUCCUGCAUGGUAGUACAAGCAAUGUAUUUUA